AUGGCCACAGAAGCAAUAGCAUGGCAACUAGGGCACAUAGGAGCAGCAGCAGAACACAUGAGCAGCACACAGGAGCAGCAGCAGCGCAACACCAUGGAUGCCAAAGCAUCCAAUGAGUGGUUCCAUAUGCAGGCGGCGGCACUGGAGGCGGUGCCAGAUCUGUCGCUCGGGCUGGUGACGGCAGGCACCGCCCGAAGCUGGAACGAGAAGGCGGCGCCGACGGCGCUCGUGGAUGGCAAGAUGGUGCGGCUGUUCCAGUGCCUUUUCUGCGACAAGACAUUCCUCAAGUCGCAGGCGCUCGGCGGCCACCAGAACGCGCACCGCAAGGACCUCCUCUUCAACGACCCCUACCUCUCUGACCCCUACCGCAUGGAUGCAUUUGGAGUCGCCACCUUGUUCGGGGCUGCGCCGUCCACCGGGCCGCCGUGCGAUUCUGGCGCCGGCCGGUCCAUGUCCUAUUCCAUCGCCUCGCACGGCGGCGGCGCGGCGGCAUCGCCUCCAGCGACCGCCGAUGCUUCCAGGCUCGGGAGGUGGGCCGGCGUUGCUCUGCGCUUUCCGGAGCACGCGCUGCUCCUGGACCCGUCUGCCUCCAGCCGCGACGACGAGGUGGACCGGUCAAGGGUGUCCCUCGGCAGCGAGAUCGGCAGCAGCAGCGCCCGCGAGACGCUGGACCUCCAGUUGCGCCUCUAG